AUGCGUGCGAUAAAAGAACUGGUGGAGAGUAAGGACCCGGAAUUGGAAAAGAAGGUCAGAGCAAUGGAUGCCUACCUCGGACAGCACACACAUGAUUUCCACGUGCGGGAAAAUUGCCCGUGGAUGGACGAACGACUCGUCAUCCCCAUACCACUCAGAAAGGCUGUGGUCAAUCGUAUACAUGCGUUUCACCAUGGGCGCUCGAAUAUGUUCGAUGCUGCGAGGGAUGUCUGGUUUCCCUAUCUCCACCGGAGUUUAGUUGCAGCUGCGGAUGGGUGCAAGGAAUGCACGGAUGCAGAUUCUACUGACCCAAAAAAUCAGAAGAUUCCCCAACCCAUGGCAACGGAUUGGGAGGAACGAUCCGACGUUGAGUUUGAUGUUGAUCACAUGAACCACCCUAGACGGCUGGCACAGAAUCAACUAGUUUCGGCGGGGGAUGGAACACCAAUGGUUGGCGGGAAACAGGCCUUGGGGGGCAAGUCCAAACAGCCAAGUAAACGGACCGAGCUUUUGUUCCAACGACUUAAGGACAGCAAUAAAAGCGGAGGAGGCAGACUCGGAUUCGGAGUAAGAGCCGAUAACAGUUUCAAAAUAUGCAGAAACCCAACAACAGCACCCGAUCGGAACGUGGAAGCGAAUGCACCAAAAGUGCCUAAAGAUGUAGAAAACAUAGCGGGAAAAGCCAACUUAUCUGAAGGAAGCGGAAUUCCAACAUCCAAGGGGGUGGACACGGAGGUCCAAACCAUGAGCACCGAACAAGGGGGAAGUGCCCCGAAUUUGAAGUUAUUUGUGGGUGGGAUUAGACCUGCUAAAGACACGGUAAAGACUCGAGUCAAACCUCUAACCCAAGCUCAGGAAUCUCUGAAGGAUCAAGUUAAGGCUCAUUACCAGCUCAACUUACCACAUCCUACGAAUGAGCGACUAGAAAGCUUUUGCUUUGAUUCACAAGGGGUGGUUUUCAGUGACCGAUUUACGGCGUUCAACCCAAUCGCAAAAGACUACUCGAACCAAAUUGGACCAUACACGGUUUGCACCUGGGAUGUUUUUCUUAAAGAACCUGGCAAUAAGCUGGACCCCUUAAAAGCGGAGUACUUUCCAAUGUACGAAUUUCAAAAUGGCUGUGCUAUUCUACCCCUCUCAUCUUCACAGAAACCAAAUGAACCCAAGUUGAUGAAGUAUGUACAGUCAGGUUUCUACACGCCUUUCCCAGAUCCAUACGACGAUCAGUGUAUCAGCUUUCUGGGACUAGUAGAAGUUUCUCCUGGCGUCAAUUGGAAUGCGUAUCAGAUUAUGUCUGGUCUGUAUAACUGGUGUGGAAUCCCGUGGCUGUUUGAGGCAUCCAUUGUUUUGAGCGAAAGAGAAAUCAAAAGAUCUCGCGUUUGGACGGAAUAUGCAAAACAGCUGGCAAAUCACACCCAUGAGAGCAAAUAUGGGUUUAAGUGGCUGUACGACAAGUACAACUCGCCCCAAUUUGAUUGGUUUCAAACGCUAAUUCCGAACAGCAGCCUAGAACAAGGGGAGACUGCUGCGUUCUGGAAGUUAUGCAUGUCGAGCGAAGAUGUCCAGGCUACCGCGCUCUGGAACCUACAGGAGGAACUAGACCGACCGAUAAAAAAUAACCGCUACGAGCAUUUUAAGGUUCUGAAGUAUAUUGCACUCCAUAUCGACCAGCUUCUGGAAAUGCUUCCAGCUAUAAAGACAGCCGGUGGCGUUUCCUCUCUGCAGAAGUGUGGUGAUGCCUAUCAGAUAGUGGGACUUUUCUUCUAUGGGUUGAGCUGUUGCCCAGCAGAGGGAGAAGGUCGACGGUUUGCUCUGCCGAGUGUGGGCAGAAAUGUGGCUUGGGUUAACUUCCGGAAUGAGAUGCGUCGUAUUCAAAUAGAGAAGAUGCAAAAAGCAGCCCCUAAACGAUAAUCAGCCGCAGAACAACAAUUUGCCGCAGAACAUCAACCCACAGCAGCACAAAAAUCAGCAGUCUAACAACAAGCAGCAGCACAAAUGAGGAUAAAAAGCAAAACAUAGAAAAAAAAACAAAGAAUAAGCCAAAUCAUACGGGACUUUCCAGGAACAACUGAAACAAAUUUUUGUACUCUUAUUUUAUGAUAUUACAUGCAACAACAAAACUUCUAGUA